AUGGAUACAGUGUGGCAAAGGCUCGUUGACGAUCAGGUUAACGCGGUGGUGCCUCCUGCUGGCUCAAUAACCCCCUAUCUUCGUCCGAUUGAGAAUGGCAAGCAGCUGGUGGUCCAUGGCCGACCAUUUCUGGUCUUGCCUGGAGAGCUUCAGUCUUCUUCAUUCACCUCGCCUGAGUACACGUACACGGCGUGGCAAAAGCUCCUCGACGCUCAUGUCAACACGGUGCUAGGACGUGUGGCCUGGGGCGAAAUCGAGCCAUUCGAAGGCCACUUUCUUUUUGACAAACUUGACGAGGUCAUUUUGGGAGCUCGCAAGCACGGUUUGCAUCUUGUACUGCUCUGGUGUGGCUCAUUCCAGGAUGGUUUCUUAACAUGUGCGCCACCAUGGGUGAAGGCAGACACCAAGCGCUUUCCACGAGCUCAUUGGCGGAGGCGCGGCGGUGGCCUGGAUGUAUCGGAAACGCUGUCGCUCUUUCACGAUGAGGCACGUGCUUGCGAAAGGCGAGCGUUUGCUCGUCUCAUGCGCCACUUGAAGGAAAUUGACAGCGAGCAUGCCACCAUUCUCAUGGUUCAGGUAGAGAACGCCACCGCCUCGGGGGGCUCCCGCGACGUUUCUCCCGCCGCCGAGGAACGCUUCACACAAUCCGUUCCAUCAGAGUUGGUGUCGCUUCUGACCAAUAACUGGGACCAUCUUCAAGCUGGGUUGCAGCGCAUACUCGGCCAUUUCACGUCUCAGUCCCGACCAUCAUCCUCCCUUUUGUCUCGAGAAUCGUGGGCGGAGGUCUUCGGCCGAGGCCCGCACACGGACGCGCUGUUCAUGGCCUACCACGCCGCUCUGUACGUCCACGAGAUUGCCACCGCAGGAAAGGAGGAGUACCCUCUUCCAUUGUACACCCAGCUCUGGGAGGAAGAUGAUGCUGGAAAAGAUGAGAAGGACGAGAUCCCCGCCACUGUAACCGGGGAAGGAGGGUCCUCACCUGUGGACUACCACUACCGGUCCUCUGGCGACCUCCUCGAUAUCUGGCAGCGGUUUGCACCUUCCUUCGACUUCGUGGCUCCCAGCCGCUGCCUUCUGCGGAAAGCCUAUGCGCGCGUCUGGGCCCAGUACCGACACCACGCCCAGCCAUUGUUUCUCUCCGAACCCCGUCACGACGAGAACAGUGCCGGCCGAGUAUGGACGGCCUAUGGAUCCUACCAAGCCCUGGGGGUUUCUCCGUUGGGGAUUGAUACGCUGGAGCCGGCCACCAGCCCCUUUACCAACCAUUACCGUCUCCUGUCCUCCAUCUCACAGACGGUCCUCCUGGCCCAACAGCUGCCCGAUUCAUCGGUCGGGUUUCACUUUGACGACGAGGACGACGAGGACGACGACGACCCGAUGACCGGUAACAGGAAGAAGAACGCUCCUGUCAAUCAGCCAAUUGUGCGAGAGUAUGGAGACUACGAGAUCCAGAUCGAGCGCUGCCCAUCUACUGCUGACACUGCUGCUGAGAAGCCCCGCCCCCUCCUCCCCUGCUCGGGCAUGGUCAUCCAUCGCGGUGGCGGCAACUUCCUUCUCAUUGGCUGGGGAUUCCGAGUCCAUGCAAAGGCCGCGGGGGGCUCGAAGUCCGAAAUUCCCCCAAAAGCGGCGCAUUGCAGCAUCCAAUGGGUCUGGGAGAAGGCAGUCGCCAACCGGACCUCGGGACGAUUAAGGCUCUUGCGCAUGAUCGACCACAGGGUGUUCAUGUUCAAGUACCUUAAACCGUCGAAAUGCCAAGGGGGAUGCUCUGCUAGCAUUGAUAUGCCUGCGGAGGUGAAGAUUGCCGAGGUUGAAUUCCAAAUAUUGUGA